ACAUAUUUACAAUUGAAGCCGUCGUUUUGCCACUGCCACAUAUUACUACCACGGGUUCGCCUUGCCGCCGUCGCUGUCGCCGCCAUCUUGUUAUGUAUAUUGUGUGGAAAUUAUAAUGAUUUUUCACGGGUUGUGCAUGUGUCUGAUUCUAAGUUUAAUGGACGCGUUGUGACCUUUCUUUGUUCCUUAAUUUGUAUCGAAUUGCUUGCACCCUGCCUCAGUACAAAUCAAAAUGAAAAAUUGCAUUGCUUCUUCUUCUUUCACUUUGAGGUCGCGGUCGCCGCCGCCGUUGUCGUCGUUCUCAAGCUGCGCUGCACCUACGUCAAUAACGCGUAAAAAAACAAAAAGAAUACAAAUCGCGUACGCUAACGCUCAAGCUUCCCAAGAAAUUGAAUAAACGCAAGAACCGUGGACGACGCCGCAGCCGAAACCGUCGCCGUGAUGCCCGGAGCCGGCACGUUCAAGUUGUUCAUCGGUAAUCUCGAUGAGAAGACGCAGGCAACCGAAUUGCGUGCACUUUUCGAGAAAUACGGUACUGUAGUCGAAUGCGAUGUGGUCAAGAAUUAUGGCUUUGUGCACAUGGAAACCGAACAGCAGGGUCGCGAUGCCAUACAGAACUUGAACGGUUACGUGCUGAACGAUAACGCCAUCAAGGUGGAGGCCGCCAAAAGCCGACGCGCCCCCAAUACGCCGACAACGAAAAUCUUCGUUGGAAAUCUAACCGACAAAACGCGUGCGCCGGAGGUGCGCGAACUAUUUCAGAAAUACGGCACCGUCGUCGAAUGCGACAUUGUGCGCAACUAUGGGUUCGUGCAUUUGGAUUGUGUCGGUGAUGUCCAGGAUGCUAUCAAGGAGUUGAACGGUCGCGUUGUCGAUGGCCAGCCGCUCAAGGUGCAGGUAUCCACUAGCCGGGUACGCCCCAAGCCGGGCAUGGGCGAUCCGGAGCAGUGUUAUCGUUGCGGCCGUUCCGGUCAUUGGUCGAAAGAAUGUCCGCGUUGGACAGGCACUGGUGGACGUGAGCCACCACCACCGCUGAGCGCCGGCGGCUACAGAGAUCGCAUGUACAGUCGUGAUCCGUAUCCUCCGCCACCGCCGCCGCCGCCAUUCCUGCGUGAUCGCAUAAUGGACGGCUUUAGGGAUUACGAUUACUAUGACCGCCGUUUCGAGGAUUCACGCGAUCUGUAUGAGCGUCGCUAUCAGUCAUCACGCAUGCGUGACUUCCCACCGCCGCCGAUUUCUCGUCGUGAACCAAUGCCUCUGCCCCCCCCGUUGAGCGGCAGUCUGCGUUCCUGCAGUGUCUCCCGUGGCUAUGACACCAUGUUCAGUCGGCGUUCACCACCGCCGCCACGCAGCAGCAACGGCAUGAGUCGUUAUGGGUCACCAACGCCGCAUGGCUAUGAGGACUUCAGUCGUGACUCUUUCGACGAGCGUAUGAUUUCGUCGCGCGGCAUGCGCGGUCCAUCACCGCCAGGUCGCCGCUAUGCGCCCUACUGAGAUGAGUUUUAUUAUAACGGCAGC